GAAACCCUAGCUUCUUCAUCCUCCUCUCCUCCCAGAGCUGAGCUCAACCCUGCUCUCUCUCUAAAACAAGCAAGCAAACAAGCAAGCAAGGAAGCAUGAGAAAGCUAAAGUAUCAUGAGAAAAAGCUGUUGAAGAAGGAUAAUUUCAUAGAAUGGAAGAGAGAAGAUGGCCACAGGGAACCUCAUGUUAUGCAGCGUUAUCAUGUCACCGAUCGAGACGAUUACAAGAAGUAUUCGACUUUGUGUCGGAAUGUGCAGAAGCUAGUGAAUAUAUUGAAGCAAAUGGAUUCAAGAGACCCUUAUCGGAUCGAGAUGACCGACUCUCUUCUUGAAAAGCUGUAUAACAUGGGAGUCGUACCAUCUAGAAAAAGCUUGGCUUUGUGUCAGCGCUUAUCAGUGUCAGCCUUCUGCCGACGUAGGCUUGCAACUGUGUUGUUGAAGCUGAAAUUUGCUGAACAUUUCAAGGAAGCGGUCACAUAUAUACAGCAAGGGCAUAUCCGAGUAGGUCCAGAGACAGUCACUGAUCCAGCUUUCCUUGUGACAAGAAAUAUGGAAGAUUUAGUUACUUGGGUAGAUACAUCCAAGAUAAAGAGAAAAGUGCUGGAAUACAAUGACAAGCUUGAUGAUUAUGAUGCAAUGAACUGAGGCAUUUGAGAAAGUUGAGCCCCAAGUCUUUUUUAUCAAUUAAAAUUGUGAUUAUGUUAUCUGAACUGGUUUAUGUUGAUUUGUUAGGAUGAUAAAUUAAUGUUUGUUAAGUAUAAAGUUAAAUGGUAUGUAUUGCCAUCUGUGCAAGGACACCAUUGAUAUUUUGUCUUUGUUGUGAGUGUUAGCCCGACAAGGGUAUGUUCUAUA